AUGGGCGAAGCAAACUUCCAGCCAACUCUCCUAGACCUGAAUUUUAUCAGGCCAGGAUCUCUCAGCCUCACGAGUCGUGGGGUUGAGGAAGAACCGACAUGGCAGGACUCGGAGAUCAAGACUAUCGAGCUCUCCCUUGGCCUAUGCCCCGAGCCGAUGAGCUUUCGAGUCCGACGGUUUGUCCCGGGGCAGAAUGAUGCACUGUCCCGGACUUGGGUUGACCCUGAUGGAAGUCGCCGUAGCACCCCGCUGGCUCCUUAUGCAAUCGCAGACAUUCCGGAAGCCGUUUCCCACAUUCAGCAGUAUAUUCGCAACAAUAGCAACUGCUUCGUGGAGGCGGUGCGUCAUUCUCACCCUGCUGUCCAGUUGAUCUAUUCCUGUGUUCCAAGCCAGCUCUCAGAACUACGCACUAUCACUGAGACGGCCAAUCCCGGUUUUCCCGGCACUCAGGUCUACCUUGAGCAGCUGGAGCUUCUUGAGAAAUACUCACAGCUCUGGUUUGGGAUACGCAAUACCGUGGGAUCCAGCUGGCUGUGCGGCUCCGAGACCCUGGGCAUGGAGCCUAUCCAUGAAGAGGGCUAUCCGCUUCAGUGCAAGAUCUCCACCCCGAGGCAGGUGGUGCAAACCGUGGGCUGUCUGCUUGACCAUGUGACCAGGCCACUCCAAGCGCAGUUUCUCCAAUCUCUACAAGCGAUCCUCUGCGGGGACGGCGACCACUCUACCUUCCACACGCUCUUCCUUGUCGUGUUUGUUCUGCUCCAUGAAUUACCACUCAAAGCAUGCUAUAUGCAGCUGACUGUCGAAAUUUUCCAGGUCCGCUUCUCUCUGCCCGAGUACGUGGUUGUCCUCCACAGGAGCGCUCAUUUUCUCGUCACCCGCUGGCUGGCCCACGCCGCCAAGGCUGGUGUGGACUUCUCGAGCAAGCAAAAGCUUGAAAGUUCGCUCGGUUUCCUUGCCGAGCCGAAGAAACAGGCCAUUGUUCAGAGCUACGCCAUGAUCAUUGCUGAGGCUUAUCCGAUUGUUCGUGCGAACCCCGAGACAUGGACUCAAGAUCUGUGUUUCGUCUCUCACAUGUUCGGUGUUCCAUGGGAGGAGAACGCAAUAUACACAGGCAACUAG